AACAACGAGUGUUGUUGAGGUUAAGAAGCUACUUCGGUGGUCGGACGUCUUUUCGCAAUCAACGUACCCUACUCGUCCAUAGAGCAUCAAGUACUGCCAUGCUGACAUCGAAAGUGCUGACAAAUAGCGCGGCGUAUUUAUCCAGAAGAUUUGCAUCGAACAAGGUUGCCGUGGUUCUAUCCGGCUCCGGAGUUUACGAUGGAAGCGAAAUUCAUGAGGCAUCUGCCUGUCUGAGUCAUUUGACACGACAUGGAAUCGAACCGGUGUGUUUCGCUCCCGAUAGAGAGCAGAUGCACGCAGUGGAUCAUGCUAGCGGGAACCCGUCAGCUGAGAAAAGGAACGUGCUCUCCGAAUCUGCUAGAAUCGCUCGCGGUAAGAUUCAGUCUCUAUCCGCUCUGAGAGUUCAGGACGUCGACGCCAUUGUAUUUCCGGGCGGUUUCGGCGUAGCGAAAAACUUAUCGACCUUCGCCGUCGACGGUCCGAAUUGCCAAGUAGAUCCUCUCGUUGAACAGACUAUCAAGGAAUUCGUGUCAGCUAAGAAACCCUUAGCAUUUUGCUGCAUUGCUCCCAUCUUGGCUGCCAGGGUCAUCAGUGGAGUGAAAAUCACUCUUGGUAUGGAUAAAGACGAUGGGAAUUGGCCUUAUGCUGGCUCUGUCGAAGCUGUUCAGUCAUGGGGGGCGAAACACGAAAAUUGCACAGUGAGUGACGUUUGCGUCGACGAGACAAACUUAGUGGUUACAACACCGGCCUUCAUGUACAACACCGAAAAGUUCCACGAAAUCUACGAUGGCGUCGGGUUGAUGAUUGCUGCUCUGAAGAAGCUCAUGAAGUAGAACUUGGAACUCGUCCUCGAGACAUCGGCGGAUGACAAUAAAGACUCAGAAUGUUAUCGGAU